AUGACGUCUUCUAGCGACAACAACUGUGAUUAUGUGCGCGGGGUGUCGUUUAACACCAUGACAGAUCCUUCCUUACCGGAUUACUCCUUUACUCUCAAUGCCAAGACACCAGAAUACAAGAGAACACGACGAUCCCGGAUGUUCAUGGAAAUGAUGGACGACGGUGAUGAAAUUGUUGUUUUAAGAGUAUUGACAGUGGACCUUAAUGAUAAGAAGAAGGGAGUCCACAAAACACUAAAGGAGGAAUGCAGUGACGCACGGCAGAGUGCAACUGACAUUAGCGUCACAAUUGAAUUUGUUAUUGGAAAGGUCCAGAGUUCAAUCCAUCGCGCAAUUAGUAUGUACCAGCCAUCAUUACUGGUGGUUGGAACACGAGGAAUGUCUGAACUCAAAGGUAUAUUUUCCGGAAGUGUAUCAAAGUAUUGUUUGCAACACUCGCCAGUCCCAGUCACUGUGGUACGCUCAGAUCCAAAGGACAGUAAAAACAAAUCUACUCGAAAACGCCUAGGAAGUCUUAUUGGACUUCCGGUUUCAAGCGACAGUGACGACGACCAACUCGGUGAUGAUGAUCAGCAAAAGAAACGACCUGCUUCCCGUAGAAAGUCCAUAAUCGAGGGUUUUGGAGGACUUCUCUCUCGAACUCGGUCUCGUUCAAGCUCACGUUCUCAGUCUCGGUCUCGCUCGAGCUCACGCUCACGCUCUCAGUCUCCUUCGAAAAUUGUAGAAAACCAUCUUGCUCCACCAUCAUAA